UGCGGAGCGGACGCCGCGGAGCGAGCGCAGCGCCGGGCGCAGUCUCCAAUGAGCGACGCGGGGCCUGCGCCCCUGACGCCCGAGUCCGCUGUGCCCCCUCCUCACGACUUACCUGGUGCCAGGUAAGGUAACAGAUGAGCAAACUGAGGCUCAGAGGUGCCAAGUGACUUGCUCGAGGCCACACAGCCAGCCCGCAGCAAACCGGAACCCCUGGCCGCGCAGACAAUGGCUUUGCCCCCGUGAGUUGGAGCCUGCCCCCGCGCCUGGGGCCACCCACCGCCAGCCAGCAGGAUGCAGCUGUGGAAGGCGGCGGCGGUGACCCUGGCCUUCAUGAGCGCAGACAUCGGCGUGACCACAGCCAUCUAUGUCUUCAGCCACCUCGACCGCAGCCUCCUGGAGGACAUUCGCCACUUCAACAUCUUCGACUCGGUGCUGGACCUCUGGGCGGCCUGCCUGUACCGCAGCUGCCUGCUGCUGGGGGCCACCAUCGGCGUGGCCAAGAACAGCGCCCUGGGGCCACGGCGGCUGCGGGCCUCGUGGACGGUCAUCGCCCUCGUGUGCCUCUUCGGGGGCAUCUAUGCCAUGGUGAAGCUGCUGCUCUUCUCCGAGGUCCGCAAGCCGGUCCGGGACCCGUGGUUCUGGGCCCUCUUCGUCUGGACCUACAUCUCGCUCGCAGCCUCCUUCCUCCUCUGGUGGCUGCUGUCCACGGUGCGGCCGGGCGGCAAGGCCCUGGAGCCGGGGGCUGGGGCCGAGGCCGAAGCCGAGGGCUUCCCCGGGGAGGACCAGCCCCGGCCGGAGCAGGCGUCGGGGGCCACGCUCCGGAAGCUGCUGUCCUACACCAAGCCGGACGUGGCCUUCCUUGUGGCAGCCUCCUUCUUCCUCAUCAUCGCGGCUCUGGGAGAGACUUUCCUCCCCUACUAUACUGGCCGGGCCAUCGAUGGCAUCGUCAUCCAGAAGAGCAUGGAGCAGUUCAGCACGGCCGUCGUUGUCCUGUGUCUGCUGGCCCUUGGCAGCUCAUUUGCCGCAGGUAUUCGGGGCGGCAUUUUUACCCUCAUAUUUGCCAGACUGAACAUUCGCCUCCGAAACUGUCUCUUCCGCUCACUGGUGUCUCAGGAGACGAGCUUCUUUGACGAGAAUCGUACAGGGGACCUCAUCUCCCGCCUCACCUCGGACACCACCAUGGUCAGCGACCUGGUCUCCCAGAACAUCAACAUCUUCCUGCGGAACAUGGUCAAGGUCACGGGCGUGGUGGUCUUCAUGUUCAGCCUCUCGUGGCAGCUCUCCUUGGUCACCUUCAUGGGCUUCCCCAUCAUCAUGAUGGUGUCCGACAUCUACGGCAAGUACUACAAGAGGCUCUCCAAGGAGGUCCAGAACGCCCUGGCCAGGGCCAGCAACACGGCUGAGGAGACCAUCAGCGCCAUGAAGACCGUCCGGAGCUUCGCCAACGAGGAGGAGGAGGCGGAGGUGUACUCGCGGAAGCUGCAGCAGGUGUACAAGCUGAACAGGAAGGAGGCGGCCGCCUACACGUACUACGUCUGGGGCAGUGGGCUCACGCUGCUGGUGGUCCAGGUCAGCAUCCUCUACUACGGCGGCCACCUCGUCAUCUCCGGGCAGAUGACCAGCGGCAACCUCAUCUCCUUCAUUAUCUACGAGUUCGUCCUGGGAGACUGCAUGGAGUCCGUGGGCUCUGUCUACAGCGGCCUGAUGCAAGGAGUGGGGGCGGCCGAGAAGGUGUUCGAGUUCAUUGAUCGGCAGCCAACCAUGGUGCACGAUGGGGACUUGGCCCCGGACCACGUGGAGGGCCGUGUGGACUUUGAGAACGUGACCUUCACCUACCGCACUCGACCCCACACCAAAGUCCUGCAGAACGUCUCCUUCAGCCUGUCCCCAGGAAAGGUGACAGCGCUCGUGGGGCCCUCGGGCAGCGGGAAGAGCUCCUGCGUCAACAUCCUAGAGAACUUCUACCCGCUGGAGGGCGGCCGCGUGCUGCUGGACGGGAAGCCCAUCAGCGCCUAUGACCACAAGUUCCUGCACCGAGCGGUCUCCCUUGUGAGCCAGGAGCCGGUGCUCUUCGCCCGCUCCAUCACCGACAACAUCGCCUACGGCCUGCCCGCUGUGCCCUUCGAGGCGGUGGUGGAGGCCGCGCAGAAGGCCAACGCCCAUGGCUUCAUCAUGGAGCUGCAGGACGGUUACAACACAGAGACGGGGGAGAAGGGCGCCCAGCUGUCGGGCGGCCAGAAGCAGCGGGUGGCCAUGGCCCGGGCUCUCGUGCGGAACCCGCCGGUCCUCAUCCUGGACGAAGCCACCAGCGCUCUGGACGCAGAGAGCGAGUACCUGAUCCAGCAGGCCAUCCACGGCCGCCUGCAGACGCGCACGGUGCUCAUCAUUGCGCACCGGCUGAGCACGGUGGAGCGGGCGCACCUCAUCGUCGUGCUGGACAAGGGCCGCGUGGUGCAGCAGGGCACCCACCAGCAGCUGCUGGCCCAGGGCGGCCUCUACGCCAGGCUGGUGCAGCGGCAGAUGCUGGGGCUCGAGCCCGCCCUGGACUGCGCCGCCGGCCACAACGCGCCGCCAGGCGAUGGCUGUGGCAAGGCCUGA